UUUCUUUCGCCCUUUAUAUAAUCGGCUUCCAAUAAUCCUCUGCGCCGUCGUCUCUGUCUUUCUCUCUCUUCUUUCCUUUCUCUCUCUUCUUCUUUCUCUCUCUUACCUUACUACGCACGCAAACAUGAACGCAAUGGACGGUGUAGUGAUAUUCAUAAUGUUCUACUCAAUUCUGAUGAUUUCUCUUAUUGACUGUAUCGAAUCUCUUCAAAAAAGGACAAAAACCGAAUAUCGCCUCCGCCGCAGAGUUGUCCUCCGCCGCUGCGUUGUCCGCCGCCGCCGAAGCAGUAAAGAGAGUACAAUUGUGUCGCCGGCGGUUAGGGUGGUGGAAUCAGCUGAAAAAAAUCUCCUUAAAGAAGAUGAAAAGAUUGUCUGCGUCGAAAGGGAUCCCGAAGGUCAAGAAAUUACAGAGAAUCUCAAUAGGGAAGAUUCUCGAGGAUUAGAUACACGUAGUUUGACUUAUGGGGAAUAUUCUUGUGAAAAGUUGGGGGCUUUUGAUCGAAAACCAUAUUUUUCGGGUAUUGUUGCAAAUAACGGGGAUUAUGUUCGUACGCAGAAUUUGGUUAUUGAUCAAGAAUCGCAUUCUCGCGGUGGGUUUUCGGGUAUUAGUGAAAACAAUGUGGAUGGUAUUUGUGAAAAUAGUGGGAUUAUUGAUGAUCAAGAAUCCGAUUCUUGCAGUGAGUGUUCGAGUAUUUUUGAAAAUAACGGGGACAAAUCGGAUUCUUGUAGUGAGUGUUCGAGUACUAGUGCAAACGAUGUGGAUGAUAUUUGUGAAACGAGUGGGAUUAUUGAGGAUGAUAAUAAUAGUAAUGGUGAAGGGGAAGAGGAAUUUGUUGAUGAUUGGGAGGGAAUAGAAACGACCGAAUUAGAAAAGAUUUUUGGCGAAGCGUUGGUUUUCGCGAGUAGCAAAAGCAAUUCCGAUCGAAUUGGAGAUUUGAAGUUGCAGCUGUACGGGCUUCAAAAAGUUGCUCUUGAUGGCCCUUGUCACGUAUCUCCGCCUAUGGCUUUCAAGAUUUCGGCUCGAUCAAAGUGGAAUGCUUGGCAGAAACUCGGUAGCAUGAGCCGAGAAACAGCAAUGGAGAUGUACGUCGACGUCUUAUCCAAGGCAAUUCCCAAUUGGAAGAAGGGUGAAGAUAAUAACAAUAAAACACUUACUAUUGAAGAUGAGAGUGGUUCGUCAUCUUCAAAUAGUACUGGUGAAGGUGCAUUAUUAGCAGAAAGUGUAUCUGGAGCAGAAUAUGGACCAGUUACAGAGGAUGAAGUAAGAGCUUUUUAUUCAGAAAAGGCAGCACAACAAGAACAAGUGACAGCAUUAGAUCUUGUAUUGAAAUUCAAAUCCAGGCUUAUGUUGAGAAGUGAAAGAUAUGCUUUCUUAGCUAUAAUGGCUAGGAUUUGUCAGCUACACAUGACACCUGAGAGGAACUACGUCGUUUUGAAGGGGGUUUAA